GCAAGAACUGUCAAGUGCUCGAUAGUUUGGUACAGUCAGCUGAUAGCAAAAUGCAAUUACACGCUUUCUGUGAUAUUUAAUGAAAUCGCUUGUAAUAUUUGUGCGCAACUGUAAAAUCCCGUGAGAGAUAUCGAUUCGCAUCUGGGUUCUCUUCUAUUUCAAUUUCUUGACAGAAUUUUCCCGAGGUAGAGGUACAGGAAUUUUUAUACUCCAUUCACAAUCGAUCAGUACUGACAGCAUCAAGAUGCCUUUGAAUACAGAUAUAUCCACAGCUCUUCAUUUAUUGGAGCAUGUGCAAGAAAGAGUGGAAGAUUGCGAUGAUCCCAAGCUACAAAUGCAUACUACUCAGGACAUAAAGUCCUUGAUUUCACUUCUGGAGGAUCCAGUAUUUCGCAGCAUAGUGACAAUACAAGACUCGCUCAUCGAAUUGAACACUCAGCUGGCUCAACAUCCGUCUAUCCUGCCGGGAGACUUUGAUGUCAAUAUCAGUGGACAGCUGGAACUUUCUGUUCCUAGCACACCAGUGCAACCGCUUGGGCAAAACAUGUACCAGGACUUAUAUCAAGACAGUAGCGAACUUGAGGAUCAGAGAGUUCCUGUCGCUCCAUUGGUUCAUAGUAGCAGCGAAGAUACAAGUGCUCAAGUUACAAGUCCCAGCUUGGUUUCUGAAGUUAUGGGCAUGCCUCCAAUUACAACAACUACAUAUGUUAAAGAAUUCAAGAAAGUUAUUGAAGCUGCAGCCAGAGGUCGUCAAAUAUUUACAGUGCAGUUGUAUAAACCAGAGGGAACCAGCCUGGGGUUCAGUGUCGUUGGAUUGCGCAGCAAGGAUAAAGGCGAGCUUGGCAUAUUCUUGCAAGAAAUUCAACCGAAUGGUAUCGCCGGCUGUGAUGGCCGAUUGGUAGAGGGAGAUCAGAUAUUGGCGAUAGAUGGCCAGCCACUAGACUCGAAUAUCUCUCAUGAGCAGGCAAUCUCGAUUCUUCAGAAGGCACGUGGUCUGGUGGAGUUGGUCGUAGCAAGAAGCGCCCAAGACAUUGGGGGUUCUUUGCCGACGGAUGAAUUGUCCGGAGAUUCGAGUUCGACAGCGGCCGCGGGAGCAGGUGUGUCCAUCAUCGGCGGCGUUGUCGGCGCGACAACCAGCCAGGCCAGCUCCGACAAGGACCAAUUGGUCUCAGUGUCGUCUGUUGCUACACCGGCGCCUACCCCGAAGUCCAGCCAACCAGCCAGCACCACCUCGGCGGCAACACCGACGCCGACACCAACCCCGACACCCACACCGACCUCGACACCGGUACCCGGAGGCCUCGUUGUCGAAAGGAGCCCCUCCGCUGUCAGCGACGCCUCCAAGAGUGGCUCUGACAUGGUGCUGAACACGGAAUGGGCACAAGUUGAAGUUAUAAACCUGAUCAACGAUGGCAGCGGUCUUGGAUUCGGAAUUGUCGGCGGACGCAGCACCGGUGUUGUCGUCAAGACAAUUCUUCCCGGCGGCGUCGCAGAUCGGGAUAAUCGGCUGCAGAGCGGGGACCAUAUAUUGCAAAUCGGCGAUGUCAAUCUGCGGGGAAUGGGGAGUGAACAGGUUGCCGCGGUGCUGCGACAAUCCGGCACACACGUGCGCCUCGUUGUCGCGCGACCCGUGGAGCCGACGUCGCCCGAUUAUCAGGCGCUCGACAGCCACGCUCCGAUCGUACCGACGAAGAUUCUGGGUGACCCCGAUGAGUUGGAUCGCCACCUGGUGCACAGCGUGCCGGAGACGUAUAACAUACGUCACGUGCAGGGCGAUACCGGUUACGACAACGGCUACAUGUACUCCCAGGAAUCCGACGUUGAAAUGCACGCAAGGCCUGGCCUCAUCAUGGACGUAGUACGCAAUCCGAUGCCAAUUGGAGCAAUGCCAGUGAUACCGGCUGUUCCGGUGCAAAUCCCGGAGCUACCGGUUCUCACCAUGGACACCAUCGACGUUAACUCACUGCCAGAAAUGGAACGCUUCACUGUCGAGCUUAAGAAAGACAUUUACGGCCUUGGGAUCACCAUCGCUGGAUACGUUUGCGAGAAGGAGGAGCUGUCCGGGAUUUUCGUGAAAAGCAUCAGCGAGGGAAGCGCGGCGGACUUGAGCAACAAGAUCCAAAUAAACGAUAGAAUAGUCGAGGUGGACGGCCAUUCUUUACAGGGUUACUCGAAUCACGAGGCCGUCGAAGUUUUAAGGCGAACCGGGCAAACGGUUGCUCUAUGCCUGGAGAGAUACUUACGUGGACCAAAGUACGAGCAGCUUCAGCAGGCGAUCGCGGCUAGCGAGCUAAGACUGCCGCAGCCGAGCUCACCGUCGAUAACGAGUCUACCCAGCUUCCCUAUUAGUGCUGACGGCGAAACUACCACCGAAAUAGAACCGGAAGGCGAGUCCCAUACAACGGUGGACAGCGCGGUUCUCCAUGAAGGGGAUCGUGAAAGGGCGUCGGACGAGCUGGACGACGCUGCGAACGUCGAAGCUUUAUUGAGCGAUCCAUCGAGCGAGCUCACGCCGCAGAUCCGGGCUGCCAUUAAGUCCAAGUGGCAGAAAAUCGUCGGUCCAGAUACCGAGAUCGUGGUGGCACAGUUGAAAAAAUUCGCGGAGGGCAGCGGUCUUGGCAUAAGCUUGGAGGGAACGGUCGACGUCGAAAACGGCCAGGAAGUCAGACCCCAUCACUAUAUACGAUCGAUUCUGCCGGAAGGGCCCGUGGGUCAGAAUGGAACACUGCGUUCCGGGGACGAAUUGCUGGAGGUGAACGGAUAUCGGUUGCUCGGUAUUAACCACAUGGAAGUAGUUAGCGUGUUAAAAGAAUUACCUAUCCACGUUCGAAUGGUUUGCGGAAGGAACAUUGCGUCGCAGGAUCCUCUCUGCCCGAUCGACACGGCCCAACAUCAGGCUGCGUUCCAGACCAGGAGCAUUCUGGGCGGAUCAUUGCAGAACUUGUUGCCCACGAUGGACCGACUUGUUAAAGCGAAGUCCGAUGGCUCGUUGGCCUCGACGACCACCACUGCUACCGUGACCGAUGCCAGCUUGAACAAGAUGAAGUCACGUUCCUUGGAACCGCUGACUGGCCUUGCGAUGUGGAGCUCCGAACCGCAGAUCAUUGAAUUGGUAAAGGGAGAGCGGGGCCUUGGGUUCUCCAUUUUGGAUUAUCAGGAUCCAAUGAACCCCAACGAGACUGUGAUAGUAAUAAGAUCGCUCGUUCCUGGGGGCGUAGCCCAGGUGGACGGGCAAUUGAUACCGGGCGACCGGCUCCUGUUCGUGAACGACAUUGCCUUGGAGAACGCGACCUUGGACCAGGCGGUGCAGGCGUUGAAGGGCGCGCCGAAGGGCACCGUUCGCAUCGGCGUGGCCAAGCCGUUGCCCAUCCCAGACAGUAUUGUCCAGAGGGUGCCGCCGAUUUGUCCCGUAAGACGCAGCAAAAGCUUCCCGAACGAAAGCGAAACGACAGAUCACGCAGCCGAGCUCGAGGACUUCCUCUCCUCCAGAUCAGGUGUAACAGAGCUGUCUAUGGACAAACCGGAAUCCGACGACGAGGAUGAGGACAACUGGAAGGACGCGUCGCCAUUGACGCCUGUGAUCAGUCCCGCUGAGCGGCGUCGAGUGCUUCCUCUAGUGCAGAAACCCUUGGAAACAGUGGAAGUCGACGUUCACGAGUUCUACCCAGCCAGCAGCAGUUCUCUGGAGGACGUGAUCAUCGCGGACAUAAGCCCAACGUCCCAGGACAUGAAGAUAGCCGCGAGGUACAGCCACGUCGUCACGGCAGGGGUAGAAAAGGUAGCGCCGAAAGUGAAAUUAAAGCCAGAACCGUCGGACGAGAAGCCGUCGGUGGAGAAGCAACCCGAGCCGCAAGUCAAAAAGCGGCCCGACCUUGAGAGGAGGAGAGAGUCGACUCGCAUGGACACUGUGGAGAAGAUGCCCCCGUUGCAGGAGUCGCCGACGACGCGCGAAGAGCCUGAGAAAGUUGCGAGGCAGAAGAUCGUCAAGAGACAGAGCACCGAUUCCGACGACAGAACCGCGACGCUGAAGCUCGACGAGAUGGAAGAAGGCGACGAAGACUCCAGACGGGUUCCGGACUCGGUUACACCGGAGGUCUCGAAGAGGAAGAAAAGCCUGGAGGAGGUGUCGAGAUCGAAGGAGCACAGAAAGUUGCAGAAGGAGCAAGAAUGUAUCGAGAGGGUCACGGAGUUCCUGUCGAGACACAACAUUUUGACCUUCACGGACCACUACAGCCAGGAAAUCGUCGUCCAAGAGACGAAGGAGCAACGAGUGCGUCCGUCCAGUUUGAACGAGUUGGAGAAGGCCCGUCCGGCCGAAGGAGUUGACGACAGAGGUAGCCAACGAGCGGAGGAAGUCAAGAGUACUCCCGAAGACUCGAUGAAGUCGCCGUCCACUGUAAUAUCGGAGAGGCUUACGAGCUACGAUCGGCUUCAGGUGGCGGCUGCGGAGCCGAGGAUCGGCCUGACACCGGAAACGGAGGCUCCGCCGAAGCGCAGGAGCUCGAUGAGAAAGAGGACGUUCUCCAGGGAGUCGUCGAGGGAGUCUCUGCUGGACGAGGCGAAGAAGGAGGUCAGGAUACAGGAGAACGUCGAGGAGAUCUUCUUCGAGGAGCCUAGCGAGAUCUCGGGCAUUCUGCCGGAGGUGCAGCUGGUCAAGGCUAGGAUCAUCACCGCCGAGGAGGUCGCGGCCAGCAGGCUCGAAGAACCUGUCGCCAGGGUGGAGGUGCACUCUCCGCCGGAAGUGGUUGUGCUCUUGGACUCGAUUAGGGUGAGAAGCGGCCGAGUGCCUUCCCCGGAAACGGUGGACACUUCGCACCUGCAGCUGGUCAGCCUGGCGAAGUCCACCUCGGAGAACACGCUGGUGGACCCUGCGGAGGAGGAGAACAAGGUGUCCGAGAGGAACAUCAAGACGGAGAUUUUGUUGGACUUGUCGAAGGUCCAGGACGUCGGGGAAGGGAUCGGCAAGUCGGUGGAGGUGGAGAGGAAGGAGAGGAAACUGAGCAGGACUGGCAGCGAGGGAUCGAAGAGGGGGGGCCUUAGGAGUCUGGCCAGGCAGAAGAGUCGGGAUGGAAUCAAGAUCGGAAGCCUGGCGCAACCGGACCAGCCGGAACUCACGAUCUUGGUGGAAGCCGCCGUCACGGACAAGAAGAGGGCCGCUUUCAAGGACACCGGAAGCAGGCUGCUCGACGAUGGCGCCGAGAGAAUCGUUAAGAGCCCGGAGGAGCAGCGAGGCGAAGGUGCGAGCCCGAGGCAGCCGGAUAAGAAAAUCGAGGAAGAGGUCGAGCAUCCUUCGAGGUGGAUCUUCGAGCCGGUCGAGGGCCAGAGGCUAGACGAGGAAGCGGAGAAGGAUCGGUCUGAUUCGGGCCGGCGAGCGCAGCCCCGGGAUUAUGACAGGACCCUCUGGCAACUUAAACGACCGCUGCUGGAGGAAGUCGCGGCGAAGCCCGAGGAGGACACUCUAAUAAGCAAGGAGCACUCGCUCGAGUACCAGAGUCAGACACUCGAGAGUCAGUCGGAUCAUCUGUUGCACGGCCCUCUCUCGACCUCGUUCGAGGACCUGCUGCGGACAGCACCGCCGGACAGCAGCUGGCCUCCGUUGCUAGGCAAAGCCGUCGAAGAGGUCGAGUUCAGCUUCAAGGAGACCCAGUACUCUCCGAAAGAGAAGCAGGACGCCGCAACACAGACCGAGCAAGAGACCAAGAGCACGCAGUGCAGCCCCGAGCAGAGCGGCAGCCCGUCGGAGAUCUCGAAAGACAGCCCCCUGCGCAGGUACUACCAGAGCCCUAGAAGAGAGGUCGAGACCCAGACCCAAGGCGACAACAAGAGCGUCCAGUGCUGCUUGGACGAACUAGGCAGCUUGUCGAAGACUUUGGAGUUGGAGGACAGCUUCGACAGCCCGUCCAGGUCCGAGAAGAGCCAGGUCAAGGAGUCGAAGAGUAUACAGUGCAUCCCCGCGGACAUCUCGAGCAGUCCUGCCAAGUCCGCGGACAAGGAGCCCCUCGGCCAGGACAAGCCCUCGAAGAGCCCGAGGAGGGAGGUCGAGGUACAGACUUAUCAGGAGUCGAAAGCGGUCCAAUGCAGCGAUGACGAGAUUUUAGAGGCCGAGUACAUCGGAGGUGGUUACCGGACAAGAUUCCAGAGCAGACCGUCCAGCUACGUGUCACAGCAGUCGGAGAGCUCGGCAUCGUCCGGCUCCUACACCAAGGUACCGACAGUCGCGUUCGUCGACGAACCGGUCGACAUGACGGUCACCCAGAGGGACCAUGACGGCAGCGUCGGCUGGUCGAAGCACUGGGGACCAGAGAGGCUGGUCGAGAUCUACAGGGAACCGAAGACCAGCCUGGGUCUGAGCAUCGUCGGCGGAAAGGUCGAUCUGCACAAUGGCAGUUCUAGUAAGUCUCAGAACAUAUCUGGGAUCUUCAUAAAGAAUGUUUUGCCCAACAGUCCGGCUGGGAGGACCGGCGAAUUGAAGGUUGGGGACCGGAUAAUCGAAGUCGAUGGCGUGGACCUGCGACACAGCACGCACGAGCGAGCGGUCGAGGUCAUACAAGCCGCCGGAAAUCCCGUCUGUCUUCUCGUCCAAUCUCUGGUGCACCUGAACGAGACCGAAGGCGGCCAGAGCGAGGACAGUGGCAGACUAAGCCGAAGACAAAGCACCAGGAGUCAACCCUCCAGUGAAGCAGCACCCGCUACGCCAACCCAUCGUCAGGAAAAGUCUCCCGUCACGUCAGUCAGGUCCACCACGCCGGAAGCGAUACAGGUGGGUCCGGAAGACGAGGAAAAACAGAGCAGCUCGAGGUCGGAUUUCCGAAGGCAAAGUACAAGAGCUUCAGAUGGCGCGGGAUCCAGUGUGCGAAGAUCCUCCAUGAAAAAGUCAAUUCGGAAAAAGGCGCCGUCACCGCCUUCUAAUCCGGGAAUACUGCGCGAGGUGAGCGAGGAGAAGGAAGAUAAUGCCUCGAAGCCGGAAGACAAGACACCGAGGCGGAAGUAUUCGUCGGAUGAGAGCUCCGAGGAGGACACCAGAGAUCUCGAGGGAAACAUUUACACGAAAGCUGGCAUGGAGAUUUCUAGGAAAAGUGCUGGAAAUGUAAAACGAACGAAACAGGAGAUCGAAGCCGAUCCUGAGAAGGAGGAUGAAUACGGUUACACGAAUAUGAAAGUUCAGAAGAAGUACCAUGGGAUGGGGAACAAAGUGCUAUUAGUCAAAGUGGAGAAGGAUAGGCGUGGUUUGGGCAUUUCUCUCGCCGGGCACAGAGACAGAAAUCGAAUGGCGGUGUUCAUUUGUGGCCUUAAUCCGAAAGGUUCGGCUCAUAAAGCAGGCGAGCUGUUGGUCGGUGAUGAGAUACUCGAGGUAAACGGAUGUGUCCUCCAAGGAAGAUGUCACCUAAACGCGUCGGCUAUUAUCAAGGGAAUGGCUGCUACUUGUUUCAAAAUUGUUGUUUUACGGAAGUCAACAGGCGUUGACAACAUCGCUGUGAAACCUAUCAACCAGUUCCCUCCUACUAUAGACGACUCAGAAAUGUUCAAAACAUACAAAGGAGUACGCAACGUGCCCGUGAAGAAGGGUCAGUACGGACUGGGUAUAAUGAUCAUAGAAGGAAAGCACGCGGAAGUCGGUCAAGGUAUAUUCAUCUCCGACAUACAAGAAGGCAGCGCCGCGGAACAGGCCGGCUUGCAAGUGGGUGACUUGAUCUUGGCUGUUAAUUUGGACUGUCUGUUGGGUUCUACUUACGACGAGGCUACAAGUCUAUUGAAGAAAGCAGAGGGUGUUGUCACACUUACAGUGUGUAAUCCAAAUCAAUCCAAAGUAGGAAAGGAGGAAGAGGAGAAAACAAAGAGCGUAGAGCCAAAGAGCGUAGAGCCAAAGGGCCCAGCAUCUGAGCCAGCUAAACAGCCAGCAACUAGUGCAGAAAAACCAAAGGAACCAGAAAAACCAAAGGAACCAGAAAAACCAAAAGAACCAGAACCACCGCAAGAUCCAAAGGACUGCAAGAUCCAAACCGGAAAAGAUACAGCGAUAGAAUUCCAGAAAGACAAAGACAAAGGCAUUGGCUUCACAAUAGCCGGUGGAUCGGACACUCCAUGUAAAGGUGUGUUCAUCAUCGAAGUGUUUCCGGACGGCGCAGCCGGCAAAGAUGGCCGUCUGGCUUCCGGUGACCAAAUACUCGAGAUGUGUGGAAAUAGUUUCAAAGAAAUCGAGCACGAGAAGGCUCAUGAAACUGUUCUGAAAGUUUCGGGCACUAUCGCGAUGAAAGUUCAUCGGCAUGAGAAGCCGGAAGAAGAAAUUGACGUUGAACUACAAAAGAAAUCCGGCAAAGGAGCUGGCCUCUGUUUAACGGGAUACAAGAGCGGCAAAGGGGCAUAUGUAUCGGACUUGUUACCCGGCGGCAGUGCUUUGGAGAGCGGCAAAAUCUGCAAAGGCGAUCGCGUUGUGGCAGUGGGUGGCACGGAUGUUCGAGAAGCCCCUGUCGAGGACAUCGCGGUUCAUGUGAAAGUUUCUAACCCGGUGCAAUUGAAACUCGCCAGGUUUAAGUCCGCCAAGCAAUGACAGGGUUCUGCAGGCGGAACUCUGAACACAAAUCUUCGAAAGGGGAUUCCCCGCAGAAACCGCGGACUUUAGUGUGAUAUAACUGACUAUACCAAAGUAACUAUAGCUCUAAGUACCGUUUUAUUAUAAGUAUCGUAAUUCUAUCUAAAGAAAAGCAAAAAAAAAGAACAAAACAGAGAAAGAGAGAGAGAGAGAGAGAGAGAGAGAGAGAGAGA